AUGGACGACGACAUCGAAGGCACGCCGCUGCCGGCGAUCCCGCAUCGCAAGGACAUCUCGUCCGAUCCAGAGAGCAUGCAUGCGCUGGAGGUGAGGGUCUUCGAGCUCGUGACGGAGCUAGUGCCAGAUGCAUACGAUCCGUAUAACCAAGCAGCCGACCAACGGCCCACCGAGCAAACCACGAUCAGCAACAUGAAUUGGUUGUCGGAAACCCUCGAGCAAGCCGAGAUCUUGUUCCGGCAGUUCCCCAUGUCUCGACGGGACGGGCAGCUGAUCGGGCAUCUCUUGCGCAUCCUCGACGACUUUGAGGACUUUUACUCGAUGCUCGAGCGCAAGUUGCAGGCCGAGAGUGCCGAGCGCGCGGACAACGACGCGAUGAACGCGGCCGUGUGUCGCCUGCUCUUGGCGACCGCUCCGACCAACGUUCGGUUCAUCAUUCGGCUCAUGUACGACGAAGACAUUUUGGACCGCGUCACGCGGUGGGCCAACGCCGACGCCACGUCUACUUCUCUCCAUGGGUUGCAGUUGCGAUGCUACGCAUCGGGUCUGCUGUCGUUUGCGCUGCGCGAUCGAUCCAUCGCGGACAUCGUCGUCAACAACGAGUCGUUCUGCACCAACUUGCUCAAACGCGCGCGCUUUUACGCGAAUGCGUUGGAAGCCGAGCAUGCCGCCGCCGCCGCGUACAUGCAGGACGUUCAAAAGAAGAAAGCCGUCAGUUCUAAGCACAAGAAACCAUCCGUAGGUACCCCGUCCAGCAAGAAGCGAAAGCUGUCGAUCGACGACAAGAAGGACAUGUCGAAUGCCCCGUCCAUCUCCGCCACCGCGGUGCCGCCGCCACCUCGCACGACGGACGAACAUGAAGACGAUGAGACGAUAUCAACUCGGUUAGCCGACUUGGUCCUCUCCAUCCCCGCCCCGACUGUAAACCACGAACAAGGUUCGGCGGCGCUCAUGCUACUGGACCUGCUGUACACGGUCCAGUGCGUUGGGUUGAUGGGCGAGUACCUGGAACUGCUGGCGUCGGCGCUCAAAGACGACAUUGUCGGCACGAGCAUCACGCUGCUGCACUCUGCGCACACGAGCGUCUGGUCUGCGACACUGCAGCUGAUUUCCCACUUUCUCGCACACAAAAAGUUUGCAUUUUCAUUUCUCGACGCCGGCGGCCUCGACCUCGUCCUCGCCGCGCAGGCAUCGCCUCGGUUUGCGCACCUCCACCGGUCCCUGGGCAUGUGUCUGCACGCAUUUGCAUCGUCUAGCGUGGUCACGGAGCUCAUCCUCAGCCGCGAUCCGACGCGCACGGCGCUGCUGUCGAUGGGCAUGACGCUGCUAUCGAGUCCGUACGACCGCGCGCGGCAGAACGCCGUCGUGUUCUUUGGGCUCGUGGUGCCGUUCCGGUCGGCGCUCGAGUACUUUGAAGCCCACGACGGGUUGUACACGCUGUUCAACUUGAUUCGCGCCGGCAAUCUGCCGAAAGCCGCAGUCCAGCGGCAGCUCGCGCACGAUGCGUGUCUGUGUCUGCGGCAGUACGUCCGAGUGCACUUUGCAGUGCUGGCGCAGAGCCAACGGCGAAAGUUGAUGGAUGCCAGCACCAGUAGUAGUCGCAUGAUCAAGCAAACCUUGGGGAAACCAGUGGACAUCGACGACAAGGCCUUUGAACAGCACGUGGCCAUCUUGGAAGCCCACCGCCCAUCUACAAUGCUGUGCAAGGAAACCAAGUGGCAGACUCAAUUCACCCAUCUGCGGGGCCCGCUGGUGCUGCUCGAAGUGCUCGACGUGUUUCGUAGCCACACGGCGACCACGGACCCGUCGAGUGAGCCCACGUCAUUCCGGCUGUGGCUCGUCGAGCGUGCUUUGUUCAGUUUGCAGAUCCUGCGUAUGCUCACGCUGGCGUACCCGCCGAUGGCGGUCGAGAUUUGCCACACGAUGCUCCAAGACUCGCAGCGCACCGGCCUUACCAUCUUGCUCGACUGCGCGAUGACCAGUCACCCCCGCGAUGGCGAUAUUGUCAAGGGCGCGCUGCAAGUUGUAUGCAAUUGCGUGUGCACUAGUAGUAGUGGAGACAAGCAGCAGCAGCAAUACUCGAAGAAGGACGAUAGGACAACAGCCAACAACCAUACCAGCAGCAGCAGCAGCAUGGCGACCCCCUUCCCCGCCCGAGCCAUCUUGAAACUCGCAAGGGAAAAGAACGCGAUCAAGGUAUGUCUGCAGCUGCUCCGGUAUAAACGGUCGUUGCAACAUGCCGACGCGAUCCGGCUACUCGCCACGCAAGCGCUGCUGGGGUUGUCCAAGGACCGCCAUGUCACGCAGAUUCUAGAGCAAAUGCAAAUAGGCCAACUCCUGUCUGACUUGAUCCGAAACGAGCCCGUGCUGGAAGAGAACGCGGACGUCCACGCCAAGUUCCGCGAGUGCGCGUUGGAGCUGAUCUCGCACGUCACCCACCGGGCACCGAGCGCGUCGAUCCACGAAGCGACCGAUCCGACCGUACGGAAGAUCGAAAAGGCCAACAUCGUCGCAGCGACCCGUGUCACAUACAACCCCACGGAGCUGCUGGUGAUGAUCCACGACCACCUUAAAGCCCACGGCCUGCACGCCGCCGCCGACGCGUUAGAGUCGGAGGCCGCGUUGAAUCUCCGGGCGUCCUGUCUAAGUCCGCAGAAACCUAUCAAGAAAGCCAAGGUGGCGCUGGAUGACGCGAGUACACCGCGUACAGCCAAAAAACCUAAGAGAUCGAUGGCCCAUCAUCCCAAACUGCUGUCGUUUGCUCAACGCCGCCAGCAGAUGCUGUCGAAAUGGAAGCAACAGCCCAGCUACUUUGAUAAGGACAUACCCGCCCAGCCGAUGGUGUUGUCAUCCCCGAAGAAAGCCACUUCGAUGGCCAAGAAACCUCUGGUGAAACCCACAUGGCUCGAUACGGUCGUGCGCCAGCAUCUGCGGGAGCAGCACCGCCUGUGCCCGCAUCCGGUGUCGGUCGUGCCGCCAUUCUCGUUGACGGCGUCCAAGUCGCAUCGGUGCCCGGACGUGUCGCCGCCUCCACUGUAUGCAAAUGUAUGCAGCCGCCUCUUGACGCGAGGAGUAGGACCGGGCAACAGCUACAGUUACAGCCAAGACAUGCACUUGAAUCGGUUCGUGUCGACGCGCCAUCGCCCGUUUCGAAUCGUGGGCCACCACAACAGCCAAGCCCAAGGCGGGUUGACUGCUGCCAAGUUUAUGGCAGAUGGCCAUAUUUUGCUCGGGACUGACCACGGCGAAGUGCUGCAGAUGCAUUUGAACCAAGAUGAGAUCGUUGGGCUGUGGACGUGCCAUGCCAACGCCGGCGCCCUCACCGACCUCUCCACCAAUGAACACACCCGCACGUCGAGUCUGCUCAUGCUCACUGGCACCACGCGGAUGGCCAACUACGUGCCUUCCAAGGUGGGAUUGUGGAGCUUGAAUCACAUGGAACAAGCCAGAUGGACGCUGUCGUCGAUGCGAAGUCCGCGGUUCAAUCACGGCGGCGACCGCAUCGUGGCUCUGGCAUGUGAAGACGUGGACGCGUUGGAGCCAAGUGGUUGUCGAGGCACGGCCAUGUACGACGUCCAGUCGGGCGCGAUGCUGGCCCAGUUUGAAGACCCGUCCCGCGGCGGCGAAGGCGGCAACACUUACGGCGACAGCUCCAACUGCUCGUUCUCGCCAUGGGACACGACGCUGCUGUCGGACGGCCUCCUCUGGGACGUGCGCUCGACCAAACUCGUGCACAAAUUCGAUAAACUGUCCAACGUUGGCUACGGGGUGUUCAAUCCCAGCGGCAACGAAGUGAUUAUCAACUCGGCCGUGUGGGAUCUGCGCACGUUCAAGCUGCUGCGCGUGGUGCCGGCGCUCGAAAGCAGUCGGAUUCAAUUCUGCCAUACCCGGCCACUGAUGUACGUGUACUCUCCGUUCGAACCCGUGGCUGCGAAAGAAACUUCCAAGAAGCUGGCCAAGAACCGGACGUGGCUGCGUGUGCUGGACACGCGCGACUACAAGGACGUGUCGACGGUGGACAUUGAGCGACCGAUCUACGACGUGGCACUGAAUGCCCAAGAGACAGCGCUCGGGAUUGUCGAAGGGCGAUACUUGGAUUCAAUCUACGGCCAAGACGACCCCGUGUGUCGUCUGUACGAGAUUGGGCGCGACAAACCCAAUGAAUGCGACUCGGACUUGGAAGAUACGCUGGACGACGGCGAAUCGGAAUCCAUGGACGAAGAAGAGUUUGGGGGCAGCGAGUCGGAACUGGGCGGGUCGGACGAGUUUAUCACGACGGGCAGCUCGGAGGACGGAGAGUACUCAGAGGACGACUUCGACGAGGACUUUGAAGAAGGCGAUGGCCAUUUGAAUGUCCAAUGGGCCAACUUGUACGAAGGCGACGAAGAUGCGGAAGGGGGCGACGAUGGUUACGUCGCGGCGGCGGCGACCACCCUCAUAGUGUCCAGGGCGGCGGCCGGACACGAGUGUAUCCACAAUGCACUGUCUCAUGGCGUCCCCCUUGCGUCGUCGCAAUCGUACGACGCGCAUCCCCACGAAGGACGCUCUAGUCGGUACCUCAGCGCUCAAAUGGACGCAGCGUCGGCAUCCGUAUCCGUGGGCGCCGCCAGCCAGUACAAGCCCAUCCGCAUCACGCCCAUAUUUGACACGGCAUCGAUGAACGCUCUCGGCGCGACCAACUUGAAUUUUGUCAAAAACAAGCUGGUUGCCGACGCGUUGGCAUUCUGGGGCCAAACGUUGCAGGUCAUUCCCAUCAACGGCACGUGGUUUGCACAACGCAACUGCAUUCAGGCGUGGCAGACGUCGCCGCCAGUGUGCGCCGCAGUCGAGAGCCAGCAAAAGUGCAUGGAAGUUCCCAUCCCAGACAGCCACUUUGCCCCACUUCGCGUGUGCUCGACGUGUCCGUUGCAGGGCUGUGCUGGCGGCUCUUGCGCUUCGCCGUCGGCCGGAACGGGCGUUCCCAACACCGAUUACGUACUGUACGUGCGCGCGGUGCAAACUGCCAGCUGCGGCACCAGUGUGCUGGCGUACGCCACAAGUUGUCAACUGGACCAGUUUGAUCGUCCCACCAUGGGGAUGGUGAAUUUCUGUCCUCAAAAGUUAAACGCAGAUGCGACUGUGUAUGACAAACAACUCAACACAGCGACCCAUGAGAUUGCACACGCCUUGGGCUUCACGUCGCAAAUGUUUCCUUAUAUGCGGCACCCCGACGGAAGCCCCCGCACGCCGCGCGACUCGUCAGGCCAGCCCCCGAUUCAGGAAGACUACAAGUGCCCAAAUGGCGUCACAGCCAGCGUGAUUCAGAUGCCCAGCGACGCCACCGUGCAGUUCUUCACGGAGCGAGGCCACUCGGUGGCAAAACUGGUGACCCCCAACGUCUUGUCGUUUGUUCGCAACUACUUCAACUGCGCCACGCUAAACGGUGCGGAAAUCGAAGACAGCGACGGCGGGUGCUUGGGCAGUCAUUGGGAGGAGCGCAUCUUCGAGCCGGAACUCAUGAGCCCCCUCCAAAGUUAUCGGAAUCCCGUCUCUGGCCUGACCUUGUCGUACUUUCAAGACACGGGAUGGUACCAAGUGAAUUUUACUUCGGCGCAGCCCAUGUAUUGGGGGGCGAACCGCGGGUGCCCGUUUGCCACGGACAAGUGCAUCCAAGGCACCGCCCCCGUGCCGACCGAUCACUUUUGUGUGGACGCGUCCGUCGACAGCUGCUCGGUGGACCUCACGUCUCGCGCAGUGUGCACCGUGCGAACGACCACGGACGUGAUUCCAGCAUAUGAUCAGUACUUUUCCAACGAUCCGAGCUUGGGGGGAUCGUCGUUUGCCGACUAUUGCCCCAUCUACACGGGGUACAAGGGCGGGGACUGCUACCUCCCGUCCAAUUUGCAGGCGCCGACAGGCACGUCGUUGAAUCUCCUCGGGGAAACUUACAGCCCGACUAGUUUUUGCCUCAAGUCGACGCUGCUCACGACCAAAAACGCGGGCUGGAGCAUCCCCGGUCGGUCCACCGGCUGCUACGCCACGACCUGCAGCAGUGGCGUCGUGUCCAUUUCCGUCGUGGGGGCCUCGGGAACGUCCCUAGUGUCGUGCUCACAAAAGGGGCAGACGUUCACCGUCACGGGUUUCACAGGCUCGUUGGUGUGUCCGGAUCCGGCCAUCGUGUGCAACACAGGCCAGUGCGUACCGGCGUGCGGGGCCAACGCGAUCUGCACGUCUGGUAAGUGCAACUGCGUGGACGGGUUCACGUCGGCGGAGGAUGGGAAUAAGUGCGCGCCCAUCUGCCCCAACGCGUGCUCUGGUAAUGGAGUUUGCGACAAUAAAGCAGCCACGUGUACGUGCAACCCUGGGUUUGGUGCGGCAGACUGCAGCGCCACGACCACGACCACCAAGAAGAGCCACGCCGCCGUGGUGCCGCCAUGUCGACUAGUAGUGUCGGCUGUUCUGUGGGUAGUAGCGUCCACGAUGUUUGUGCUGUAA